UCUCUCUCUCGCUCUUCGGAAUCCUUUUGUUAAUCAUUCAAAUGUAACUUCUCGAUUAGGGUUUUCGACGAUUCCACUCUUCCUUUUUGUUGGGUAAACGAAAAAAUCGAUUCUUUUGUUAAAGUUUGCAUGCGAAUUUUCACUCUAAGUCUUUUUCAAUGUCUUGUUCUGUCAGGGCGAAAACAAGAUUGGGAAUGGAGUCUAACCCCAGCGUUCACGAGGUUCUCAACACGUUCGACACUCUCUCCGAGAUCCUCCUCCUCUUACCACCUGAGGAGACAUACAAGCUCAUCCUCGUCUCUAAGCGCUGGCUCCAAAUCAUCUCCAGCCCUUUCUUCCGCCACGCCUACCUCGCCAUAUGGAAACCAAACUUCCACCUCAUCGGCUUCUUCAUCUCCAACACCUCCUACGUCGGCAAGAAGCACGUGGAGCGUGUCCGCCGCCCUCGCUCCGAAUCCUCCAUGCCCUUGCUCUCUACCAGCAGUUUAGGCGACGAGGUGGAAACCUCUGGAGCCCUCAAGAAGCUUGGUUACUACAUUGACUCUUCGAACGGUGUGCUUCUCUGUGGACGCCAUCCGAAAGCUUACUACUUGUGGGAUCCGGUUACAAAGAAGCAGCAUAAGAUCCCGAGGCAUAGGGUUCAUUUCGAGGAGGUUUGUAUGUCUUUGAUCACCGAGGAUUGUCCUGUUGAAGGUUUUAGCUACAAGGUGGUCCGUGGGGAGUGUGUAUCUUAUGCGGCGCAUAGUAGUAAGGUGAGAGUGGAGAUUUAUUCUUCUAAGACCACCACGUGGAGCUACUCUGAGCUGGCUUGCAAUGAGGCGGUGUCUCUCACUCCUUGGACUGCAGGGAGAGUGAUUAAAGGUGUGGUGUAUUGGCACGCCACGGGAGGUAAAGUUGCCAUCUAUGACACAGAAGAUGAGGAGAAAAGGAUCGAUGUGAUAAAGCUUCCCAAGACGUUUAACUACGAUGAGCAGGUUCUGGGAGAAUCCUCUGACGGGUGUUUGCAAUACGGAUGGAGUAAUAAGUCUGUGAUGGAGAUAUGGAAGCUGGAGAAGGUAGGCGAGGUUCUUGAGUGGACCAUUCAGUUUAAGGUGAAUUUCAAGGCCAUGUGGAGGUUGAACCCGGUGGAGUCUGCGAGGUUCAGCACUAGGACUAAAGAGACGCAGCUGCUUGCGUUCUUCAACCAAAACUCGGACUCGGUUUUCAUCAGAUGCGACUCGCACAUCUGCGUGUUUGACACGAAGACUCAGAGGGUUGAAGAGGUUCAGUACCAAGGACGUGGGUCUUCGUUCGUUUGGGAUUACUGCAAAGUCUUGCCUUACUUUCAGCUAUCUUGGCCUUGUUCUUCUUCUUCUCUGCUGGAAGAAGGAAACAUCUGAAGAUCGAAACUGUGAUGUCCCUUUCCGCAGUAAUAAGUAGCUUAUGAUAAUAAUAAUAAUAAUCAGUUAGUGUGUAAGCCUCUAAUAUCAUUUUGUUGUGUUAUGGCCAUUGGAUUAUAUGGGCUUUGAUGUUUUUUGUUUGACCAUUGAUGAGCCUCUCAUGGCCAUUGAAUUACUGUUUAGUUAUUGAAAGAUUGUGCAUUUUGUAAUGACAACAAGUUUUUGCGUUUGUGUUUUUCA